CUGCAUGUCCUCUCGUCAUGAUAGCCUUUGCCGCCAUUUCUCUCAAGUGAUCCCUCUCUCUCUCUCUCGUCAUCCCCCCCUCUCUCUCCUUCUCUCCCUAUAUCUUUUGAUGAAGAAAAUCAAGACCCAAAAUAUUUCUUGGCAGAAGCAGAGCAGAGAGUAGAGACCUGAGAUACUGCAUAUAAUAGUACUACUGCAAGUCGAAGAAGAAGAUCACCCCAAUGGCCAUGGUUUCUGUUAGUGACGACGAGAGAAAGAAGAAAACGGAGAUAGCAAGGCAGCAUAUAGAAGAAAUAAGGAAUCGAAAAUUCUCGAUAGGGGAGAAAUCCCUAAACCCGUUGACUCAAGAUCUCCACAACGCCGUCACCAGUCUCUCCAAAGAGCUCUACACGAAAGACGUCCAUUUCCUUAUGGAGCUUAUCCAGAAUGCGGAAGACAAUGAGUACGCUGCGGGAGUAGAACCUACACUAGAACUUGUUUUAACAACGUGGGAUAUAACUGGGUUGGGUUCUUCUGCAACUCUGUUGGUUUUCAACAAUGAGAUUGGCUUUUCUAAGGAGAACAUUGAGUCCCUUUGCAGCAUUGGGAAAUCGACAAAAAAGGGUCGGAGAUGCCAAGGCUUCAUUGGAGAAAAAGGAAUCGGUUUCAAAAGUGUCUUCCUUGUCAGUGCGAAGCCGCACAUAUAUAGCAACGGCUACCAAAUCAGGUUCAAUGAAGCUCCUAAUCGCGAUUGUGGUAUUGGCUACAUUGUCCCGGAAUGGGUCCCCUCAAGGCCAACUUUUUCAGAUCUACAGGUCAUCUAUGGGUCUAGCAACAGCCUUCCAGCUACCAUAAUCAUUCUCCCACUAAAACCCGAGAAGUUGGAAACCGUGAAGACGCAUCUCUCAGAGAUCCACCCAGAAGUCCUCCUCUUUUUGCACAAGAUCAAGAGGUUAUCAGUGCGUGAAAACAGCUGUUCUUUUUCAGAAGAUUUUGCUUCUGCAAUUUCAAUUUCUAGUGAGACUAAUCUUAUGUCUACACAGAAUCAAGGAACAGAUUCACGUAUUGUCCAUCUUUCUGUUCUGGAGGGGCGGGACAUGGUUGAGUCCACAUGCUGUUAUUACAUAUACAAACAAAAUUUCCCUGUUAAACCUGAGAAUGUGGUGGAUUCUAGAAAGGACUUAAAUGAAUGGGCCAUAUCUUUGGCUUUUCCAUUCGGUGAUAGGUUGAGGAGAGGGACUUCUUCUGUGGGUGUAUUUGCCUUCCUUCCAACUGCGAUGGUGACUAACUUUCCGUUUGUUGUGCAAGCGGAUUUCAUUCUUUCAUCUUCGAGAGAAGCAAUAGUCUUGGAUAACAAGUGGAACUUGGGAAUCCUUGACCAUGUUCCUUCGUCUUUUGUCAAUGCUCUCAUGACUUGCAUGAAUUCCACUCAAAUGGCUGAAAUUUUCCCCACGGCUCGCGUUGUUGAGUUCUUGCCCGUACGAGAGUCUCCUCUGAAACAGUUAAAUGGAGUGAGAGAGUCCAUUAGACAAAAGGUCAAGUCAAAAUGCAUUGUUCCUUGUGAACCAUUCUUGACUGGGGAAAUGGUGUUGUGUGAGCCAAUUGAUGUAGUUAGGAUCUUACCAGAAUUCCGUAAAAUCCUGUCCCAUAUUAAGAAACUUGGGGUUUCUCUUGGUGGUAUUUCUUCCCAAGGAAAGUACGUCUUACACAACUGUGUUGAUAACGAAAAAUAUGACGAAACAUGGAAUUUUCUUGGAGUGCCAUCAGUGAAUGAAAGUUAUGACUGGUGUGCCAAAUGCAUUCAAACAUGCAACCUAGCGUUGCGUGGUCCUACGGAAGUGUACGUGGAUCUUCUGUGCUUUCUGGCAGAUAACUGGAAGUAUUUCCCAAUGAGCAGUAUUUCUCUACUCAAAUACGUUGCGUGGAAUGGGCAGGUUUUUCCCUGUACCGUUUCGCAAAUUAAGCAGGAAGAAUUGAAGGUUCAUCUUGUUUGGGAGGCUCAACAGCAUUCUUGGCUAAACAAAUGGAACAUAGAAAUGGGGUGCCCUGAUGAUAUCUUUUUCUUUCCAGCUGAGAUAGUCACUGCGAUUGUUCGACACAGGAAGGGUCCUGCAGUGAAGAAUUGGCUGGUCUCUAAGGUAGGGUUGGUGGUCACCAACAUUUAUGCAUACUGUUCAAAACUUGCCACUGUUCUCAUGCAAAAGAAGGACCGAAAACUUGCGGUUUCACUGGCUCAUCUUGUUUAUCAUGCUUCCUUGAAGAGGUAUAUUGAUUCUUGUAAUCUUUCUCUUAUAUUACAAUCUAUGCCGGUGGUUGAUAUGUCUGGGAAUGUAAGUAUGUGCACAACAUCUCUCGUGCCUGCUUCUAGAAGCACAUGGGUGAAACUUUUUGGUUAUAACAUUAUAAAACAUGAGCCAGAAAGCGAGAGUGAUGAGGGAUAUGGUUACUAUCCUAGCAACUACGUGGAAUUGGGGGAGGUGUAUGCUGAUGCUGCUAAUUUUGCUGGAAGAUCUACGCCCGAAGGUAAACUAUUGGACUUCCUUCUUAGGCAUGGUAAAGCCGCUGAUUUACCAGAUAUAUUACCUCAAGAUAGAGCAUUAGGUAUGGCCUCCAUUCGGCUAGCAAGUGAUCAAGCUCUGUUGCUACUGGAGUGGAUCCAGAAUCUGAGAGCCAAGAAGUAUAGCCCGAACAAAUACGAGAUACCUAAGAGGUUCAUUGAGAGUGUACGAUGCGGGAAAUGGAUGAAGUCUUAUUCUGGAUUUAGGUCUCCGAACUGCUGCUAUCUUUAUGAUGGUACUGAGUCAUCUACUAUCAUAGAGAUAGGGAAAGAGUUCAAUGUUUUAUCAGCUAUAGAUGGGGAGUAUUACAAUGACAGGAUAAAAUCAUUCAGAGAGGAGUUGAUGUUCGUUGGUGUGCAAAUUGGAUCAGAAAAUAUAUACCAGCUCAUUGUAAAUCACCUUAAACCUCUUCUCUCCACUGCAAUGAGUGGACACUUGGGAAUUUCACUGCUACGUUUCAUCCGGUACUCGGUUGAUAAUAGCAAGCUUGAUAUAGAGUUUCUCAAAACCCUUAAAGAGGGAAAAUGGUUGAAAUCAGAUUGGGGUUUUGUUAAUCCUCUUGGAGCCGUUUAUCAGAGUUCUGAUGUUGGAGGAGCUAUCAAGAUGAUCACAGAUUUGCGAGUUGUUGAUGAAGCUUACUAUGGAAACGAACUACAGGGUUUUGUGAAUGAGCUCAAGUUGCUAGGUGUUGUAGUACAUGUGGAAGAUUUAUAUAAGCUAAUUCCACAACAUUUCAGGUUUCCCGAAGAUCUCUCAAUGUUGAACGCAGAUGCUGUUUUCCUGGUACUGCAAUGCAUCCGGCAAUUAGGACCUCAAGCUGUCGUUUUAAAAGAGAAAAUUGUAUGUCAAGCUUGGAUGAAAACUAGUUUUGGUUUCAAAUGCCCCUCAGAAACCCUUCUGCCCAAACGCAGCUGGGGUCAGUUAGUUGAUCUUCUUCCGCUACCCGUCAUCGCUGAAUCCUACUAUGGAAGUAGGUUGAGGUCAUACAAGGCAGAAUUGGAGACAAUUGGGGUGGCUGUAAAUAUUGACCAAGUUUGUGACAUGCUUACUGUUAAAGUCAAAUAUCUCUUAUCAAUGAGUGAUUUACCUGGUGACUUUGUGAUCUCUCUUCUAAAUUGCAUGAAGUGCAUGAGUAAAAAAAUGACUCCCCAGCUAAACCGUCUAACGAGUUGCUUGUUGGGUGAGAGAUGGUUGAAAACUUGUGAUGGGUAUAGAUCUGCUCCGGAAUCGAUUUUAUAUGAUUCAGGCUGGGGAACUGUUUCUCAGUUCGUUGAUCUUCCUCUAAUUGAUGAUGCCUUCUAUGGCGAUUCAAUCUUUUCAUUCAAGAAUGAACUUAAGAUGCUGGGUGUUAUGGUUGAUUUCAAUGAAGGAGCACGUUUUGUUGCCAGAGGUUUAGUGUUGCCUGAGGAGCCAGUAUCCGUAACAGCAAAAUGCGCUCUCUCUUUGCUGAAUUGUGCCGAGUCUCUUCGCCAGAGUAGUAAACCGUCUGACCAGUCUUUGCUGGUUACUUUCGUCAACAAACUGAAAGGAAGCAAAUGGCUAAAAACCCACAUGGGAUACAGAACACCCGCGGAGUCUCUAGUUUUUGACCCAGAAUGGAAUUCCUACCUAGAAGAAGAAGAUGGACCUUUCGUGGAUCAAGGCUUCUAUGGGGAUUUGACUUCUCUUCAUAAGGAUGGGCUAAUAGCUAUUGGCGUGAAAGCAGAUACCGAGGAAGUUUGCACUUCAAUUUUCCAAAUUCUUACUUGUCACAAAGAAACUUCCUCUGUUAUGAGAAUCUACAGAUUUCUGCACAAAUACAUGCAGAGUUCAUACUCACAGGGUGGCUUUGCAUCUCAAUUGUGGAUUCCAGAUCAAGAUGGAAACAGUGGGAAAUGGGUAAGUAACUUGUGGUGUGUGCUUCAUGACAGGGACAAUCUGUUUGGCUCUUUUCUGCAUGUUCUUGACAGACAUUAUGAGGAGGAAUUGUUAUAUUUUCUGUCAACAACUUUUGGAGUUGAUUCAUUUCCAACCCUUUUCAGAUAUGUUGAUCUCUGGAACAACUGGGUGAGAUGUAACCACUGUGUGUCUUCCACGGAACUACAUUCGUUUUGGGGAUAUAUUUCAGAAACUUGGAACGCCUCUUCAGAGAAAACUGUCGAGAAAGCAAUAACCAUGCUACCAGCAAUCACCGUCGCAGGGGCAGUUCAGUUGGUGGAAAAAGACGAUGUAUUUAUACCCAAUGAUUUGAAUCUCAAAAAGUUGUUUGGAGAAGCUAGUGAGAAGCCAUUGUUUGUCUGGUUCCCCCAGAAUGGCAGAUCGUCCCUCUCUAAACUGUAUGAAAUCUAUAGAAGCUUUGGAGUGAGAAAGAUAUCUGAUGCUGUUCGGGUUUCUGUAAAUUCUGAGCUUGAAAAGAUGGGUAUCAAGAAUAGCCUGAUUGGAAAGCCCUUGAUAAAAAUUGUAUUAGCUUUCAUUGCAAAUCCUGUGAUUUACAUGCCGGUGGAAGAAAGACACGGGAUAGCGAAAUCUGUACUUGACAUCUCGAUAUUUGGGACCGAAAAACCGUUGAUGGUCACUUAUUUCUUGGAUUUACCCUCCUCGAAGAAGAGACUUGAAGUACAAAUGAGAAAACUGGUGCAGUGGGAAAAGAACUCGCAGAGAUUGCUCGUCCAUAAACCGAGCUGGAACGGUGGAAGUGGAACCAAAAGUAUAGAGUUCAUUACGGAUUUUGCCAGAGCAAUCGCAGAGGCGGUCCUACCUGAUGGCAGUGGCGUUGCAGACGAUCUGUCUAAGAUUAUUAAGAUGGCAUUUGCUUUUGGGUAUAAGGAGGAUGAAGUGGAUUCCCUGCUGUUGAGUGAAAAUCUAGAGCUGUUUCCCGUGGACACUAGCUUCCUUGAAUGUGCAUUCCCAGCUUCUAAGAUCCAGUGUCUCAGCCAAGACCCACCUUGUACACCUCAAACAUCGAUCCACAAGAAGCAACGACGCUUUGUGGUGCGUGAGGAGAUGCAGGUUGAUGGAGUCGAGCAGAUGAGGGAAACGGAGAAAUCGUUGAUUUUGUUUUGUAAAUACAAUGGAUUGUGUGCUGGAAUAAAGUUGUCUCGGUCGUCGAGAAUUGGAGAUUUUAUGAAGAUAUUAUGUGGCAAGUUUAGUGAGUUGAGAAGACACUCAUUGCAACUCUUUUAUGCUAUACGUGAUCAUCCUAGUACCAUGUUAUAUAAUGAUGAAGAUUUGGAGGUGAUGUUUGCUAUAACUGAUAGUAUUGGAUUGAAUUACAUUGAAGUUACAGUAGUAGAUAGUCGUGGUUUUGAUAGUGGUAUUAGUGGGUGUGGUGUUGAUGUUGGUGCUAAUAGUAGAGGGGUUUUCGAUAAUGGUGGUAGCACUAGUAAGGGCAUUUGUUUCAGUGGGCAAGGGUUAGUCGGCUGUCGGUUGGAAUCAAUGGAAUAUGUAGGUAAAGAGGAUGAUUUGGGAGCUAUGUUUUGCCCGCAUCAGCAUCGGCCAAGGUUGUCCGAUGCGUGGAAAGAGCUUAUUAAAAGAGUUGGUCAGUUGUUUAUCGGGGGUUCGGAAGGUUUUUGUGAUGCAUUGCGGAAAUAUUCAAUUGUUCAUUCUUUUGAGUUUGACUUUGACUUUGUAAAGAAUGAAACAGAGAGAGUGACUGCAGUUUGUAAGGUAAAAUCUUGCAAGUGGAAUAUUCAUGCUAGACUUGACAAGGUCAGUGGUUACUUUUACAUCAAAAGGUAUUAUAAUGUUCAUUGUUGUGGUGUUGCUGGGCGUACGACAAAGAACUGUCAUGCUAAUUCAUCUCUGAUUAGUCAAUUGGUAAAGGAUGAUGUUCGAGACAAGUCAAAGAAACGUCCUGUUGAUGUUGUUGAUGAUUUGAAGGAGUAUUAUGGGGUGGAUGUGUCAUAUAAUCGUGCUUGGUUAGCUGUCCAGAAAGCCAAGUCAAGUGCAUUUGGAGAUUAUUCAGAUUCUUUAAAUCAACUUCAAUGGUAUCCAUUUGAUGCACGUGUACAAGGAUUUAAGCACUGUAGGCCUGUUUUAUCCGUUGACGCAACGUUCUUGAAGGCAAGGCAUAUGGGAUGCUUGAUGUCUGCUUUAGCUAAAGAUGGUAAUGCAGGUUUAUUUCCAUUGUGCUUUGGUGUGGUUGAUUCUGAGAAUAAUGAUAAUUGGCUUUGGUUUAUGGAAAAGUUGCAUGGUAUUUUGGAUGAAAAGAGAAGGGGUAACUUGCGUACUGCUUUGGCGUCCACAAAUGUCAAGUAUAAAGAGAGUUUGAUCAGAGUGUUUUCAAAAUGUGCUUAUGCUCCCACUGUGGCAAAGUUUAAUCAGCAUAUGGGUAAUUUGCUGAAACACGGUGGUGUAGCUGUUGUUCAUUUUCUGUCGGAGUUGCCUAAUGAGCUCUGGGCAAAUGUUUUUUUCCCGGGGCAACGUUAUGGAGCAAUGUCCUCUAGUCUUGCUGAGUGCUUUAACUCAUGGAUAUUGAAAGAGCGUGAAUUGCCUGUGGUGGAUAUGGUUGAUCGUAUGAGGAAGAAGAUGAUGAAAUCAAUGUGUUUGAGAAGAGAAAGGUUAAAUGGAUUCCCUUGUUGCCACGCUGUCUGUGCUAUCAAAUAUAGUGGUAAGGAUUUGAACUUGUAUGUAGAGCGUUAUUUUCAUGUUGAGAGUUAUCGUCAGGUGUAUUCAAAACCAAUUUACCCAGUUGCGUCAUUGUUGAAAGGUGAUGUGGUUGAUUGUGGUACUAGUAUUCUGCCACCAUUGUCAAAAAAGCCUCCAAGGCGGCCUAAGAAGAAGUGGAUUCGUUCGAAUGGGAAGAAGGUUAGAGAAAUGAAGUGUGGUAGGUGUGGGAAGAUGGGGAAUCAUAACAAACUUACUUGUAAGGAGGAUUUGAGGCCUGGUUUUUAG